AAAGUUGCACAAUUAAGCUGCCUGAUUCACCGACCAUCGAAACUUCGUCGCCUCCAUCGCUCCUACCCAUCUUGUCAUUUUUCCCCUGAAAAUUUCCCCAAAUCUCUAUACCCUGUACCUGUCUCGAGACUUCCAAUCUCCCUGUCAUGCCGCCCAAGGACCCCACAUUCUCAGACGAUGAGGCGAGUUCAGGGAGAGGUGAUUCGGCCCAACCAGAGGAUAUUCAUGGGAGAGGCUCGUCGAGUUCGGCAAGAAAGGCUCAGAACAGGAUUGCCCAGAGGGAGUUCAGGCUUCGUAAGCAGCAAUAUAUCCGUGACCUUGAGGCCAAGGUGCAGAUGCUUGAGGGCGACAAAGAGGAGCGUGUGGAACUUAUGACGCUUUUAGUGCGAAAUCUGAUGAAGGAGAAUAAGGAUUUAAGACAUAUGCUUAGACUUACUGCGUCAUUCAUUGGCGAAGGCCUUGGUUCUUGUUUGCCCAGGCUUGGUCUUUCGGCAGAUCAGCUGGAUGCCAUCUUGAAUCGCGCUGACACUGAUACGGUCUAUGAGGCAUUUAUCAAUCUCAAAGCUUCUCGAGAGCUUGAGAUGUCUAAUCCAGGCAUCAAGCUUGGUGAGCCUCGUCGCAGAGCGGGCAAUUUGCCUCCAAAGCGCAAGCGUACAGAGGACGAGGGUGGGACUCCAAUAGGGCCUGCUGAAACGCCUGAAGAUGGCGCAUCUAGCGCUGGAAAGGAGAAAGGCAAAACUUCACAAAACAGUGACAUCUCUAACUCUAAAAGGAUCAAGUCGGUUUUUGAUCAGCCAAUACCCAGCGACGAGUAUACGUAUUUGUUCCCCGAUCUCGACAGCAUGCUUAUGGCUUCCGAGUCGUUUGAUGACCCCUCAAUAAGUCGUUUCGACAUCAACGGUCAGAUGGGCCAAAGUCGUGUCCCCAAUGAGCUUCCUCGUGUAGAUUAUGGACAGCAACAGAGGCUAAUGUCUUCUAAUACUGGGAAUGUUCGCUUUCCCAGCUAUAAUGGGUCGACCGCUUUAGCCGGCGAUCCGCUGGCUGCCAACCUUGCCGUUUCGAAUAGUUCGUCCGCAAAUUAUCCACCGUCCAAUCCAUCCAUGCCGUCUUGUGUCACCCCAGUCAGGCCGGUGGCCCCUUUGGUGAACGAAGGCAACCAAUCUACUCGACGUUCUUCUACAAGCAAUGAGCCAUCGACGCAGAGUGAUUCCAUCCGAAGACUGGCCGCUGAACAUCGCGGCGCUUUCGAUGGCCCUGGUAUGACGUCGCAAGAAAUCGAAGAAAGACGCAAAGCGGAGGACAGCCUGAUCAAAUCCAUUGAAGAAGGAGAUACACCUGACAGAAAGUUAGAGGCUAUGCAGCUUAUCACCUAUCAUCUCAACAACUUCCGCAUGAACCACGAGUAUCAUCUCCCUCCAUCUCUCCGUCCUACGGUCGUCCAAAGAACAGUUCCUCACGAGCACGCUAUCGAUGGAAUUUGUUUCCCGUCCUUGCGGGACCGUAUGAUCUUACUCCGCGGACGAUACGACUUGGUGGAGGUUUUUCAUUCCUUAUUGGCCGAGUUCACCCUUCACGGUGACGACGUACUUGACCAUAGAAGCUAUGAGGUAUCCGAAAAAUUCAUUCACGAUUACAGCAUUCUUGUCGACGACUCAAUAGUUGCGAUCAGUAAUAAGUGGCGCGCGUUACGGGGAGAACCUCCCAUCCAGUGGCCUUUGAAGGACCAGGGGCAGAAUCAAUUAAUCUUGUCUGGGGCUACGUCUCAGUAGAACGGCCAAUUGCAGCUAUAGUAAUUGCAGCUUAUUAGCAGUUGAGAUCAUCGAUUGGAAUUGAAUUGAAUGCCUUACAAAUAUCAUCCUCAUUAUCAUUUAUCAUUAUUAUUAUUGUACAUCUGGAAUUUUGGCUAUGCAAUGAAAGGCUUGUCAAAGGGGG